GUAAACCUGAAUUCGCGAUAAUAGACGCUAAGUUAAAAAUAAAUCAAAACCAUUAAUUAUUAUCAGAUUAAAAUAUCAGAGAAAUGGAAUUCAUUAUUAAUUUCGUAAUAUAAGAAUCUAUUGCACAAUAUUUCUUAAAAUGAAUGUGUAAUUUCAAAAUGAUAUAUACCGUGCGUAAUUCUUUAAGGUUAUUAAACAGAUACAGUAUAACUGGUAUUAAUGUUAUUCGAACAACUUGCACUGAAAUUCCCAUAAAACAGAAACCUGUUGAAAAAAAAGACUUCAAGAUUCUACUGCAGAAAUAUAAAGAUAAAAUCGUGUUCAGUUCCUACUUAGAACAUGAAAAGUUAGAACUUGGUUACUUCAAGUAUCACAUGAAAACUAUCAAGAGAGCCAAACAGACUCAGGAAAAGGCUUUACAAGAAAAAAGUUUACCACCACUACCUCUAGCCUUAAGGUAUUAUGUUGACAAAGAAAGACUUCUAAACAAUGAAAACGAACCGGAGUCUGUUGCCUCGGACAAAACCUUUCAACUGCCUUUUGGGGAGACGACUCCCGUUGAAAUCAAUGAGCAAGAAACGCAAAUACAAAUAUCACAGGAAAAUGAAUUUAAAACAAACGUUGACCAAUGGAUGACAAACUAUGAAUACUUUGAUGACAGUCAUCUCACGUCUGGUGUAAACAAUGACGAUACUCAUAGAGACUGGAGUAAAUAUUACGGCACUCCCGAUCCCAAUGCCAGCAUCAGUCAAGUACGCUGCGGGGGCUGUGGAGCCCUGUUGCACUGUAAUGACCCCGCCAUACCCGGAUACUUGCCAAGUGAAAUAUAUACAGGACGGAAAGUAGAGGAACUCAAGACUAUGGAAUGUCAGCGAUGUCAUUUUCUUAAGGAAUACAACAUAGCUUUAGAUGUCAACGUUCAAGCUGAGGAAUAUGAAAAACUUUUGCAAUCCAUCAGGUAUGUUAAGUCUCUAUUGCUUGUAAUGGUGGACCUGCUCGAUUUCCCCUGCUCCUUGUGGCCUGGCAUAGUGGACAUCAUCGGCACUGAACGACCAGUCAUCAUAGUAGCUAAUAAGGUGGAUCUCCUGCCCGGGGACAGUGUUGGUUACUUAAAGAGAGUCAAAGAAUGUUUAAUGUCAGAAAUCCAAAAAACUAAACUGAGUGAGGCCAACAUUAAGUAUAUAGCAUUGAUAUCAGCCAAAACUGGUUAUGGGGUGGAAGACCUUAUAUCGGCCAUGUUUAAAACUUGGCUCUAUAAAGGAGACGUUUUCUUAGUGGGUUCUACAAAUGUCGGGAAGAGUUCGUUAUUUAACGCGCUUCUGCAAUCCGAUUACUGUAAAGUACAUGCAGUUGAUAUCGUCAAAAGAGCAACUGUGAGUCGCUGGCCCGGCACUACUUUGAAUCUCCUAAAAUUUCCUAUCAACAGACCAUCCGGAUGGAAAAUAAGACAGAGGAGUCAUAGACUGCUCACACAGAGAAAACUCAUGAAGGUAGAAAAAGAAAUAAGAAAAGGCCAAGUGUUGGGGCGGGAUGCGACCGAGGCUCCGUCCCUGAUAGGACACAUCGGCAGAACCUUUUCACAGUAUCAAGCAUCCAACGACAAUACAGCGGACAAACGACAUCAGUUGGUGGUUAUCGACGAAAAGAAUCCUCUUUUCAAAAAGAGCAAAUGGCUGUACGACACUCCGGGGGUGGUGCUCUCCGAUCAGAUCCUCUCCCUGCUCACCACCGAGGAGCUCAUGCUGGCCAUACCGAGGAAACUGAUAAGACCUCAGACCUACUAUCUGCGCGAGGGCUCCACCUUCUUCAUAGGAGGCCUGGCUCGAGUGGACCUCCUGGAGAGCGAGGACGCGUGUCGCUUCACCAUUUUUUGCUCCGAGAGUCUGCCGAUAACCGUGACGGAGACCAGGUUCGCAGACGAGGUGUAUGAUAGCUUCGUCGGCACCGAGCUGUUCGCGGUGCCGACUGGCGGCGACGAGCGACUUGAGAGGUGGCCGGGGCUGAGGAGGGGCGGCGACAUGGAGUUCGAGGGAGAAGGACCAGACGUCUGUUGCGGAGACAUAGUGCUGUCGUCAGCGGGCUGGGCCGCUGUCACGGGCAAGGCGGGCGGCCGGUGCCGGGUGGCGGCGUGGACUGUGGGCGGGCGGGGGCUGCACCGCCGCGUGCCCGCCCUGCUUCCGGCCGCCGUCACUCUCAAGGGCCGCCGCCUGCGUGACACACCCGCGUACAUGAUCGGAGGCGUGUUCACCGGAGACGAGCUCUGACCUCGAAUCGCAAAAGACUCAUUAAAAUAUAAUUGGCCCCUUUU